AUGGGGCUCAUUGACUUUAUCAAAGAGAUUAUCCGGCCUGGGAAUGCUCUGGACUACCCCAAGCCGGGGGAUAUGGUCACUGUCCACUACCAUGGCUACCUGUAUGACCCGGCCAGAUCAUGGGGGAGGGGACGACGCUUCGACAGCAGCAUCAAGCGCGGCCGACCGUUUACCUUCCAGCUCGGAAUGGGCACAGUGAUCAAAGGCUGGGAAGUGGGAAUCCUAGGGAUGAGCUUGGGCGAGAAAUCGCUGCUCACAUUUGGCCCACACUACGGCUACGGCGAGAAAGGGGCGCCGCCGUUUAUUCCUGGGAACGCGACGCUUGUGUUCAAUGUUGAGCUUCUUGCGAUUAAUGGGAGGACCUUGCAGUCUGAGGACUCUGAGUAG